GUAGAUAAGAUUUAUUUGACGAUCUGGAACGCCCACGGCUGCAGCUGCUCAGCUCUGCGGAGAACUUGAUAUCGAUUUUGUCAAUUUUUGCUUCUUAUUGAAGUGUUUAUUCUUCUAUUACGAGCGUUCCUUUACAUAGGAAAUGACUUCCAAGGCCGAAGAAGCUGGUGAGUACAGACGGGCAGUUGCCGAUAAAGGCAAUGAUAAAAAGAGCAAGAAAGGAAAGAAAAAGGACGAACUUGACGAUCUUAAGCAAGAGUUGGAAUUGGAUGAGCACAAAGUUCCAAUCGAUGAACUCUACGCUCGUUUUGAGAGUAACCCUGAUAGCGGUUUGACUUCUGAAACAGCUAAACGAGUACUGGCAAGAGAUGGACCAAAUGAACUUUCUCCACCAAAAACUACGCCUGAAUGGGUUAAAUUUUGCAAACAACUAUUUGGCGGCUUUUCACUUUUGCUGUGGAUUGGAGCCAUUUUAUGUUUCGUUGCCUAUUCCAUUCAAGCGUCUACUUACGAAGAAGCCCCUGGCGAUAACUUGUACUUAGGUAUUGUACUGACGGUGGUAGUGGUUGUUACUGGUUGCUUUUCGUACUACCAAGAUGCAAAAUCAUCAAGAAUUAUGGAUUCGUUUAAGAACAUGGUACCUCAAUUUGCUAUUGUAAUCCGUGACGGACAAAAAUUAAAUGUUCGUGCGGAAGAAUUAGUUGUUGGUGAUGUUGUCGAAGUGAAAUUUGGUGAUCGAGUUCCAGCUGAUAUACGUGUUAUCGCAGCUCAUGGGUUUAAGGUCGAUAAUUCGUCCUUGACUGGUGAAUCUGAACCACAAAGCCGUUCCGCCGAGUUUACGCACGAAAAUCCAUUAGAAACUAAGAAUCUAGCCUUUUUCUCCACAAAUGCUGUCGAAGGUACCUGCAAAGGAAUGGUUAUCAACACUGGUGAUAGAACUGUUAUGGGCCGUAUCGCCAAUCUUGCCUCUGGUUUGGAAAUGGGAGAGACCCCGAUUGCUAGAGAAAUCGCUCAUUUUAUUCACAUUAUCACUGCUGUUGCCGUCUUUUUGGGUAUAAGCUUCUUCAUUAUUGCUUUUAUCUUAGGUUAUGGCUGGUUGGAAGCCGUUAUUUUCCUUAUCGGUAUCAUUGUAGCUAAUGUACCUGAAGGUCUUCUGGCUACUGUAACUGUAUGCUUGACGCUUACGGCAAAGAGAAUGGCUAGCAAAAAUUGUUUGGUAAAGAAUUUAGAGGCUGUAGAGACCCUUGGUUCAACAUCCACUAUCUGCUCUGACAAAACUGGUACCCUUACCCAAAAUCGUAUGACCGUUGCACAUAUGUGGUUCGAUAAUAAUAUCGUUGAAACUGAUACAACUGAAGACCAAAGUGGCUCCGCAUUUGAUAGAGAUUCUUCCACCUUCCUUGCUCUAAGCAGAGUAGCGAUGCUUUGUAACAGAGCCGAAUUUAAAGCCGGCCAAGAAAGUCAACCGAUCCUUAAGAGAGAAACUAACGGUGACGCUUCAGAAUCUGCUUUGUUGAAAUGUUGCGAAUUAUCCAUUGGAAAUGUACAAGACUACAGAAAACGUAACAAGAAAAUAUGCGAAAUUCCUUUCAAUUCGACCAACAAAUAUCAAGUUUCUAUCCACGAAACUGACGAUAAAGACGAUCCUCGCUAUUUAUUGGUUAUGAAGGGUGCUCCUGAAAGAAUUUUGGACCGUUGCAGUACUAUUCUAGUUAAGGGAGAAGAAUUACCGAUGACUGAAGAGUGGAAGAGCAACUUUAACGAAGCUUACAUGGAAUUGGGAGGUUUGGGAGAACGUGUUUUGGGCUUUUGCGAUUACACUCUACCAGCUGAAGAUUAUCCAAUUGGAUAUAACUUCGAUCCAGAUGAAGAGAACUUUCCAUUAAAUGGACUUCGUUUUGUUGGCCUAAUGUCUAUGAUUGAUCCUCCGAGAGCUGCCGUACCAGAUGCUGUUGCUAAGUGCCGUUCUGCUGGUAUUAAAGUAAUUAUGGUUACUGGUGAUCACCCGAUUACUGCCAAAGCCAUUGCUAAGGGUGUCGGUAUUAUUUCUGAAGGAAAUGAAACUGUUGAAGAUAUUGCACAAAGACUGGGUGUUGAUGUUAAAGAAGUUAAUCCAAGAGACGCCAAAGCAUGCGUUGUCCAUGGAACAGACUUAAGAGAUAUGACCCCUUACGAAAUUGACGGUAUAUUACAACAUCACAACGAAAUUGUGUUCGCACGUACUUCUCCUCAACAAAAAUUGAUUAUCGUAGAAGGUUGUCAAAGACAAGGACAAAUUGUAGCUGUAACAGGUGACGGUGUUAACGAUUCCCCCGCUUUGAAAAAAGCUGAUAUUGGUGUUGCCAUGGGUAUUGCUGGUUCUGAUGUAUCUAAACAAGCCGCUGAUAUGAUCUUGCUAGACGAUAAUUUCGCUUCCAUUGUCACAGGAGUUGAAGAGGGUCGUCUUAUCUUUGAUAACUUAAAGAAGAGUAUUGCCUAUACUCUUACAUCCAAUAUUCCCGAAAUUUCGCCUUUCUUGUUUUUCAUUUUACUAGACAUCCCGUUGCCAUUGGGAACUAUUACCAUUUUAUGUAUCGAUUUGGGUACCGAUUUGGUUCCCGCUAUCUCUCUCGCCUACGAACAAGCCGAAUCUGACAUAAUGAAGCGUCAACCAAGAGAUCCUAAACGCGACAAUUUAGUUAAUCAUCGUUUGAUCGGUAUGGCUUAUGGUCAAAUUGGUAUGUUCCAAGCUCUUGCGGGAUUUUUCGUUUAUUUCGUUAUUUUAUGCGAAAAUGGUUUCUGGCCCAAGAGACUGAUCGGUAUUCGCCGAGAAUGGGACGCAAAGGGUGUUAACGAUUUAGAAGAUUCUUAUGGUCAAGAAUGGACCUAUGCUCAAAGAAAAGUUCUAGAAUUUACAUGCCAUACUGCUUUCUUCGUCAGUAUCGUUAUUGUACAAUGGGCCGAUUUAUGUAUUUGCAAGACAAGAAGAAACUCCAUCGUUCAUCAGGGAAUGUUGAAUAAUCAUUUAACAUUCGGUCUCUUUUUCGAGACAUCUCUUGCAGCUUUCUUGGCCUACUGUCCAGGUUUGGAUAGGGGAUUGAGAAUGUAUCCGCUCAGAUUCCAGUGGUGGAUCCCACCAAUGCCGUUCUCCUUGGCCAUUUUCGUGUAUGACGAGGUUAGAAAGUACUUGAUACGAAGAUAUCCUGGAAGCUGGAUAGAACAAGAAACAUACUAUUGAUUUUCCUGUGCUUUUCCUUGUCCUACUUUCUAUAGUUUUUAAGUAAUAUCCCUCUUAGCAUUUCUUCUCUGAUAGGCAAUAAUUAGACACCGAGUUUCGGUACACGUACGAAUAUAUAUAUAAAUAUAUAUACAUGUAACGGUCUUUACUGUUAGUUGCUUCUAGUUGAUGUUAUUGUUUUUUAAUAAAAGAGACGCCCAUAGUUUUAUCAAAGAAAGAAAGAAAAUCGUACAGCAACUAUUAUUAAUCUUUCUUUUUUUUUUUAUUCCUAUAAUUAAACCAGUUGGAAGUAUUGGAAAAGCAAGCCAAUUAUUAAGCGAUAUAAUUAGACAGUCUGUGGAUAAAAAAAAGAACGAUAGGGAAAAUCUAAGUGCAAAUUGUGAACUUAAUUACCCGUCGUUACUCGGUUCCCAUAGAUGAGAAAGUUUUGACCAAUUGCGUAGUAAAUACAAAAUUAUACGAGAAUAAUUUCGGUUUAUUGACAUCUUCCCGAGUAUUCGCUAUCGGUAUGAUAAACUCUGUUCUAGGCGUCUAAAAAUUUCGGUACACUUUAGAAUAGAUAGAAUUAUAAUAUAAUUAUAAAAUGACGUUUCGUUCUAAUAUGCAUAGUUGAGCUAGUCGAAAAGAGGAAUAGACUAAGGUCAAGAGAAAUUGACCUUUGUCGUAGAAAAUUCAAACUUUUUGCAGCGUCGCUUUAUUUAAAUAACUAGAAGGAUUAAUGAAGACUAGAGAUGCAAGAAACCUAAUUGGACGCCGGAGGUCGCUUUGGAUAUAUAUACAAGGCUUUUUCAAAUAUUUUCCUUUCCUCUCCCUCCUCCUUUAAUUCCAAGACAGGAAGAAACAUAUUAGAUGAAUGACAGUAAUGUAAAAAGAUUCCUCUAUAAAAUAAAACGAUUGUUUUCCCUAACUAGGUUAUAUUCUAAAGUAGGGAUAAAAAAAGAGAGUUACAAUUUCCUAAGAGAAACGCCGAAAACAACUCAUCCGUGGAAAUUUUCUUCGUCUCUCAAAGAUAUGUACUGUCUCUCUCUCUAUCUAUAUAUAUAUAUAUAGUGUAUGGAUUUUAUUUUACUUCUGACAGAAAGUACUAACCGGUCCUGAAAUAAUUUAGCCAAUAUAGAACUCAAGAAUGUUAGAAAAACCCUAAACGUGAUCAAUUCCAAUUCCUUUUUCCGCACGAUUUUUUUUUUUAUUGGUAAUAAUUUCUUUAUUACUUGUAUAUCAUAUAUAUAAAUU